GUCUCGUGUUUCUAUUCUCUUCUUACUCCGUACAGUGUGCAUCUCCCGGUGGUCUGGGUACUGGCUCCAAUUUCGAUAUCCGACUUGGAUGUUCAACUAGACGGGAUUAAACACACCACGGUCCAAGAUGUCAGCCACUAGUACAACCAGCAGUAGCACCUCAACGACCACAAUUCCCCUGACUACCGUCUUCACACCACCAACACAAUGCGCGACUGAUUGGCAGUACGAACCGUCCGCCUACAACGACAAACUAAAUGGCUUGCUGUUGCAAAAUGUCGUCUCGGUUGUCAGUUCCUGUUUCCCGACCGGGUUCGCCAUGUCGGGAAGAGCCCAAGUACCCCAGGUCUACAGCCCGGGUUGGUGUCCAGUGGGCUACACCUCCGCGGAUGUACACAUUGACGGGAAGACCACUUCGGCCGUUUGCUGUUACUCAGACUAUUCGUAUUAUACCUCGACAAUGUUAUAUUCCGACUUGCCCUCGGCCAUCUACGCAGGAUGUCUCAGCACUCUCCCAUCGUCUAGCUCCACCAUCGUCUCCGUCCGCGAUCCAAAGUCGAACCAAGGAACACAGGUCUCGGGACCAUUGACCAUGUGGGCACAACCCAUCUCCAUCCAACUCCAAGCAACAGACUCUAGCUUGUUCGUAUCCGCAACCACCACGGGUGCCGACCCACCCAGCACCGACACCGGAGCAACCGCAACAUCGACCUCAGACUCAGCCGCAUCAGAUUCCGGGUCAAGCGGCCUAUCGACAGGAGGGAAGAUCGGUGUUGGCGUUGGUGUCGGUGUCGGCGCCCUCGCCAUCUUUGCUCUGCUCGCAUUUUGGUUCCUCCGCCGUCGCGCUGUCAGCAAGAAGAACGCCGCUCCUGAUAUGGCAGCAGCUGCCGCACCUGCAAACACGCAUCCUUAUCCAAGCCAAGGCGCAGCGCCUUAUUACGGUCCUGUUCCUGCUGCUAGGUCGGAAUUAGAGAAUACGUCCACGAAAUUCACGCCGCAGCCACCGCCGGCUGAGUUGCAAGGAGACAACAGGAGACAUAACCACAUUGCAGAGCUUUCUGGAUGAUUGAGUUUUACAUUAUGUAUAUAUACCCAUGUUUCUGAGUUUCUUUCUCGUGUCAAGCUCUAUUAUCCUGUAAUAAUUAAUGUCAUGUACAUACGUUAGAAUGAUUGCAUUGGGCGCUUCUCACUGGCAAUAGCUCACUUGACCAAUUGAGGACCUGUAUUAUCAUCGGCAAGCUCUGCCGGGAUUUAGUAGAAGAGAUGUAGCCAAGAUAUUGAGGGCAACUGUCAGACAAACCAUACCACAUGCACAACCAGUGAGAAGGCAUAAAAUUGUGCAUACA